AUGUUUGACCUCGAAUCAUACUGCAUCGUGCGCGACUUGCAGCGAGACAGCAAAGGCAGCGCCUUGGAAGUCAGUAUCCGGCCGUACAUUCAGCGUUAUGCACUCAACACUACGCUCACUUUGUGCUACGGUAUCCGCAUGGAUGCGGUUUAUGAUGACUUGCUUCGCGAGAUUCUACACGUCGGCUCGGCCAUUUCACUGCUACGAUCCGCCUCUGAGAACUAUCAAGACUACAUUCCCAUCCUGCGCUACCUACCUAACAAUGAGAAGAACCGGCGAUCGAAAGAACUCAGAGAAAGAAGAGACAAGUAUCUGAACGAGCUACUGGACAAGGUGCGCAACAUGAUCGACAAAGGCACCGAGAAGCCAUGCAUCAGCGCCGCCAUCCUCAAAGACGAAGAGACACGACUUACUGGCGUCGAAGUGAGCUCCAUCUGUCUUUCACUAGUGUCAGGCGGUUUCGAAACGAUUCCAGGCACUCUUGUGUCUUGCAUUGGCUCAUUGUCGACUCCAGAGGGUCAAAAAUACCAAGAGACUGCAUAUCAGGAAAUUUCAAAGGUCUAUCCGGACCUUGAAGAUGCUUGGUCCAGGGAAUUUGAAAAGGAGAAUGUGCCGUACCUGAAUGCCAUCGUAAAAGAAGCAGGUCGAUACUAUACCGUGAGCAACAUGAGUCUUCCGCGCAAGACGAUGAGUGAUGUUAGAUGGGGCGAGGCUAUUAUACCAAAGGGUACAAUGGUCUUGAUCAAUGCGCAGGCAGGAAAUCAUGACGUCGACUAUUGGGGUCCCGACGCAGGCACAUUCAACCCCGAACGCUGGCUUGAGCCUCCACACCCUUCCAGCAUCCCGUCUAUCUUCACCGAAAAGCCUACCUCGAGCACAUCCCACCUCUCAUUCGGAGCUGGAUCACGCUCGUGUCCUGGUGCAGCCAUUGCCAGCAAGCUCAUCAGCGCCGCGCUCUUCCGCAUACUGUCGCUCUACAAGAUCGAAGCAAGUAGUACUGAACCGCCAAAUACAGACUACGUGGAAUAUAAUGCCAUCAAGAGUGCGCUAGUGGCAAUACCCAGAGACUUCAAGAUCAAGCUUACACCAAGAGAUGAGACGGGUGAUCUUGCAAGAGAAGUAUUGAGAAUGGGUGAGGAGAGAACGAAGAACUUUUACAAAGAAAAAGCAGCGUAG